AUGGCUAUCCAGACCCAUUCCCUGCCUCCUCUUCCAUAUGCGUAUGAGGCCCUCGAGCCCGUCAUCUCCAAGCAGAUCAUGGAACUACACCAUCAGAAACACCACCAGACCUACGUCAACAACCUCAACGCCGCCCUUGCUGCCCAAGUCACCGCCACCCAGGCCAACGACGUCCGCACGCUGAUCAGUCUCCAGCAAAAGAUCAAGUUCAACGGCGGUGGACACAUCAAUCACUCCCUCUUCUGGAAGAACCUCACCCCCGCCGGCACUCCCGAGAAUGAUCGGACCAAGGUGGCCCCGUCUCUGCGAGACGCUAUCGCGGCUCGCUGGGGAUCUCACGAAGGGUUUGUCAAGGCCUUUAGUGCCGAAUUGCUGGGUCUGCAGGGCAGUGGAUGGGGAUGGUUGGUGAGCAAAGAGGGGCCACGGGGCCAGUUGGAGAUUGUGACGACCAAAGAUCAGGAUCCGGUGGCCAAGACGGAUGUCCCCAUCUUCGGGGUGGAUAUGUGGGAGCACGCUUAUUAUCUUCAGUACCUUAACAACAAGGCCGGCUAUGUCGAGGGCAUCUGGAAGAUCCUCAACUGGGCGGAAGCUGAGAAGCGAUACACGUCCGGAGUGGAGAACCUGCUCAAGCUGUGA